AUAUAUUCAUAUAGUAAAGUCGGGCAAUAAUGCGACCAGUUCUGUUCCAAUUUUACAUCAUGGAAACCAUUUUAAACAUCGUUGUGAUGUACACGCACGUAAAAGGAUUUCUAGUGAAACCUUUGGAUUUUCUGCCAGUUUUGACACAGGUGAAUCACUAUUUCUAUUUCGUAUCCUACUACACCUUCACGGUGCUGACCAUAUUCGCAAGCAUCAACAUCUGCACAGGCAACACGUUUUCCAAAUACGAGGAAAUCGGCCGAUCAAUUUCCGGAUUCUUAGUGUAUAUUAUUGCAUCGCUGUUGACGCUGCAGAAUGCGGAGAAUGAUUUCCAUUUAAUGUACAUAAUGGGUGCCGGAAAUUUGGGUGUGGAGAAGGCAGUGCAUCCCUUUUUCCGGUAUAUGCGUUAUCAGGCGCUAGGAUCUCUCACCUGCGGCGUUGUUUAUUUGAUGCACGGCAUCAUGGUCAUUGAUGUAACGCUGUCCCAGGACGAGGAACCGAAUGCCGAUGAUAAUGAUGAGGCCAGCGAUAACCGAGAUGAUUAUGACUUUGUACCCGUUCGUCUAUAUGUGUUAGGCGGACUUGUGCAAUCCAAGUUGGAACAGCAUGAUUGGUUCAAUGAAUUUUCCAAAGGCAAAUUGCUAACCAUUUAAAUGCUUUUCACUUAACGCUCCUCUGUGUAACUUUGUAUAGUAAAUUUUUGACCGUAUGACGUCAGUGACGUAGAUAGGACGGGGGAGCGCAACAGUUUUUAUCAGUGGAGUGGAGUGGAGUGGAGUGAGGGGUGCUGCCAUGCAAAAAGCCAGAUUGUGACGACAAUGUGGCACAUACAUAGAUAAACAGCUGGAUGGCAUGAAGGGCGCAUGUGCCGGCAAGUCGAGUGCAGAAAAUCAGAAAAUCAAUAAAUUAUGGGCUAAGGCCAGUCAAGAGCAAGGCGAAACUUUGUUGGCCCUGCCUGGCAUCGCACACAAAAAAACUUUUCCAUGCAAGUUUCGCCUGGACGGGGUGGGUUGGGAGAGAGCAGUGAGAGCUGAGUUAGUCGCAAGCUCUUUUCAUUCAUAAAACUGCGCGUUCACUUUCCGUUUUUCUAUGCCUUACUCAAGGCUAUUUUUAACGCACACCGGCCGGCCGGAAAUUGGUUUUGGAGACAGCUUUUUUGGCGCAGCCAGCCAUGGAAAAACUUUCGCAAAAGGAACAAUUUUCAUGGAAAACUAUGAGCUCUGCCAAUCAUUUGGCGGAGCAAUCUGUUCUUAAUUGCUUACACAUAUUACACUUAUUAUAUUUUUAUAAAAACAUUUGUUUUUUUUUCAUUUCUUCUUUUAUUCAAAACUAGAAUAGUUAAUUUUGGGAUCAGCUAAAUUG